AUGCGGUUUUACUACACCCUGCUUCCAACUGCAGCCGCACUUCUGGUCCACAGCAAUGCUUUACCGGCAGCGGCAGAAACUAGCCUGAACCAGUUGACAGCAGUCGAUGGGGCCACCACCACGAGUCAGCGCUUUUUACGUCGACACAUCGAUUCGGAAACUACGGACAACGAGGAACGGCUUAACUCGGGCCCCAUCGUCCUCGAUACCGCUAAGAAGAUCGACGACUUAUUCGAAGUCGAAAAGCUCGACAAAAUUCUCGACCCCAAAAUGGCCGACAAAUUCCUGGAUGGGAAGACGUUUUUUGGCUGGUUGGAUAAGAGCGCACUUGAUGAGGCCCUUAACGGGAACAUCGCCCAGAAGACGAAAGUUUUCGAGCAUUGGCGUGAGAAAAGAUUGAGACCGAAGGCGUUAACCAAGGUCCUCACAACCGAUCCCGCCGUAAGAAAGAAGUACAAGUUUGUCUACGAAAUGUACGACAGCUACAUCAAAUACGUAGCACGGAAAAAACUUUCUGGUCUUAAGAGAAACAGAGGUGACUAG